AUGACUUCCUCAUCUUCACGACUCAGCAUCCUUCUCCUGUCAACAUGUCUCCUCACCCCAAUGCUCGCCCUCAGCUCCGACGAAUACUGCGACCUCCCCAGCUGGAACCCCACAAAGCCAUUCUCGCCAUGGUUCAAAGCCUGGACAAACGUAACCAGCGGGCCUGGCGGCGACGAUCCAAACUUCGUAAACAACAUGGCAUGCUGGUGGUACGCAGACUGCAUUUUUGGCCUAGUAGCUGAGACCCGCAAACAGCAAUAUGGCGCGAUUUCUAUCGUGAUGGCGCUGAUUCCUCUGAUAUUGAAGGAUAUUGCUUGGCCGGAACAGAGGCUCGUUAUGAUUUCGAGUCAGAGGAAUUGGGCGGUGGAGAUUGUGGUUAGGGGGUUGGGGUUGAAUCCUGUUAUUCCGGAGGAUCGAUCGAGGUUUCAUGCAGGGAGGUCGUUUCAUCCGGUUAUUUCGGCGGCGAUACUUUUCUUUCUUGUGGUGUUUUUGUUGGUGUCGUAUGGACUUUUGGCUGUGAUGGAAGUGUACUCGAAGCGGUCGUCGUUGGGAUGUCCUGUCCCUGCAUUCGUUGUCCUUUGGUUUAUUGUUGGCCUAGCUCCAGCUACGGUUGAAGUCGCGAUUGGAAGAUACCGAGAACGGAGUGCUAGGAACAAUACUGCGAAGCUGGAAAAGAAUGGAGUUCCGCAGAAUGGAGAAGCGGGUUCGGGCAAGUCCACUGUGGUGGUGUCUGGAGACGAAGAGGCGCAGAAUGUCAGAAAUGGGUAUAGCGCUGUAUCGACAGGUGGACCUCUGGGUGGUUCAGACGGAGAGAGCAAGCAUGGUGAGAACGGGACGCCCCAGGUAUCGAACAAUAUCCAGGGUGGAGAGCAGCAUUGGGUGGCACAGUUCUGCUGGGGACUAUACUACUCUGGCGGCGGAUUGAUAUUUACUUCUAUCAUGUUGGUGACAGUGGUUGAGCUUUUUACUUGGAUGUUAUCGGCUGGAUUAGCCAGUGCCGCAGGCAAAAUGCUGGGGUAUAGAUUAUGUGGAUAUUGGGGGCCGAGAGUGAAGAAUGGAUGA